AAUUUUAAUAUCAGCUGCUUACAGUCAGUUUGUAAUUAUUUAAAAAAUUGCUAAGCAUAUCAUGAUAUCCAAGAUAUCUCAGAAAAGCAUAUUGGGGCAUAAUUUAUCAUGAUAUCGAUAUUAAAUCUUCAUAUAGUCCAGAUCUAGCAACUAUAUUUGCAGUGAGCUUCCAGUUCAGGUUUUUACCACCUCAAAGUUAAUAUCAGCACAUCCUGACAUGUUUUAUUCCUCUUAUACCACUUAAUUCCUCUUAUUCCUCUUAUAUGAAAUGAAUGAAUGAAAUGAAAGAAAUGAAAGAUUGAAUUGUCUGCUUAUAGUUAUAUUUAAUGCUGUGGAAUGUCAGCAAAACAAGCUAGUCCCAGUUAUCACUUACGUAUGACAGCUAUAAACAGACGUUUCCUAACCAGCCUUUUUUUUUUCUUUCUUUUAAAGUUAAUAAGACAAAACAUUGCAGCUUGUCAUGUUAUUGAGAAACUGCGAAGCGCAAAAUCCUCUGUCCUGAAAACAAUCCCAUGCUGGAAAUCUUAGUUUCAGCUUUAAUGCUGACUGUUGCAAGGUGCUGACACUGGAGACUCCUUCAAAAGUAAUAAAUAAAUGUCUCCUCACAGAAAACCUCAUAUCAACAAUUACACACAUUUUUUAAAAAUCUGUUUAUGUGGAGCAUCCACCCUGUGUAUGCUGUUACUAUAGAAACAAGAACAAGAUAUAAGAAUGAGCACAUUAAUAUGAACCUGUGAUUUGCCUUGCAGUCAGAAAUAUUGUCAGUUAUAGAAAAUUCAUUAACACAUUUUGACCAAUCAGAACUGAGAAUUCAGCAGUGCUGUGGUAUAAAUAAGCUUAUCAGAUUGUCUGUUGGCUGUUGUGGGGUCAGUUUUAUGAAACAAAAUCAGCCAUGAUAUAUUUUUUUUUGCCGACAAAAUGUUUUCAUAUCAUUAUCUUUUAAUACGAAGUUAUGAGAACGUCUUCACUUCAACCUGCUUUCAAGACUCUUCCAUGAUGUUUUCUCUUCCAUCUCGUGUCUUGGGAUAUAGUUCUCCUUUCCUGCUGUUGCUACAGCAACAGCAGUCAGUCUUAUCAUGUGACCUUGCUGAGACGGAGAAACCACUGCCGAGGUUAAUGACGUCAUUGUUGUCUGACAGAGAAGUGUGUGUGGUAAUAUGAUUUACGGCACAGUAAGGCCUCUCCAGUCUGGUAUCGGGAGAGCAGGCCUGAGGAUCUUCCUCCUGAUAGGGAACAAAGGAAUGAGACCAAGGACAAAAGAACCGGAGCUUAAACAUCAAAACUGCAAACAUGGAUAUAAUAGUGGAUAUAAUAUAAUCUUCUCACUUCAAACAAAAUGACGAGAUCCUCUAGAGAGAAGAGUCAUUGAGGACUUUGGAGCAUCUAGCACUCUGAUGAUGAAGAUGUCUGAAGUGGAGAGUUGAACCAGACUCCUACUAAGCAGGUCUGGAGAAAUCCCGUAGUCCCCUGUGUGGGGUGAGGGACCAUGGGAGAUGGAGGUGUCGGUGCAGCAGGAGAGGGGAUCAAUCAGUCACACGUUCUCUUUGACCGCUUCGUUCAGGCCUCCACCUGUAAGGGGACCCUUAAAGCUUUUCAGGAGCUGUGUGACUUCCUUGAGCUCAAGCCCAGUGAGUAUCGAGUCUUCUACCACAAGCUCAAGUCCAAGCUCAACUACUGGAAGGCGAAAGCACUCUGGGCCAAGCUAGACAAACGUGCCAGCCACAAGGAGUACAAGAAAGGCAGAGCUUGUGCUAACUCUAAGUGUCUGAUCAUCGGAGCAGGACCAUGUGGCCUGCGCACGGCUAUAGAACUUGGCUUUCUGGGAGCCAAGGUGGUCCUGUUGGAGAAGAGAGAUGCUUUCUCCCGCAACAAUGUCCUCCACCUGUGGCCUUUCACCAUUCAGGAUCUGCGGGGUCUCGGCGCAAAAAAGUUCUACGGAAAAUUCUGUGCCGGCUCCAUAGACCAUAUCAGUAUUCGUCAGCUGCAAUUGAUGUUGCUGAAAAUGGCUCUGCUCUUAGGUAUCGAGAUCCAUGUCAAUGUGGAGUUCAAAGGCCUCAUCGAACCCCCAGAAGACCAAGAGAAUGAGAGGAUUGGCUGGAGAGCUGAAGUCCAUCCUAAAACCCACCCUGUUAGCGAGCUGGAGUUUGAUGUCAUCAUUGGGGCAGAUGGGAGGAGAAACACGUUGUCAGGGUUCAGAAGGAAAGAGUUCAGGGGCAAGCUGGCCAUCGCCAUCACGGCCAACUUUAUUAACCGCAACACUACAGCUGAGGCCAAAGUGGAGGAGAUCAGCGGGGUGGCCUUCAUCUUCAACCAGAAGUUCUUUCAGGAUCUAAGGGAAGCCACUGGGAUUGAUCUGGAAAACAUUGUCUACUAUAAGGAUGACACGCACUACUUUGUGAUGACUGCCAAGAAGCAGAGUCUGCUGGAGAAGGGCGUCAUUCUGCACGAUUAUGUGGACACAGAGAUGCUUCUAUCCAGGUCUAAUGUGGACCAAGCUGCUUUGCUGUCCUACGCCAGAGAGGCAGCUGACUUCUCCACCAAUCACCAGCUGCCCAAGCUGGACUUCGCCAUCAACCAUUACGGGCAGCCUGAUGUGGCCAUGUUUGACUUCACGUGCAUGUACGCCUCGGAAAAUGCCGCGCUGGUGCGCCAACGCAACGGCCACCAGCUGCUCGUAGCUAUAGUUGGAGACAGCCUUCUGGAGCCAUUCUGGCCAAUGGGGACAGGCAUUGCACGAGGCUUCCUGGCGGCCAUGGACUCGGCGUGGAUGGUGAGAAGCUGGGCACAGGGCGCGUCUCCUCUCGAGGUGUUGGCGGAGAGGGAGAGUAUAUAUCGUCUGCUCCCACAAACCACUCCAGAGAACGUGAGUAAGAACUACAGUCAGUACACAUUGGAUCCCACAACACGCUACCCCAACAUCAGUCUGCACCUGCUCCGGCCCAAUCAGGUACGGCAUCUCCUAGACACUGGGGAAACCAGGGAAAUUCGCAUCGACAUGGAGAACGUGGUCAACUCUUCGACUCCCAAACUCACGAGGAAUGAACUUCUGCUUGAGAAGCAGUUCCAAGAGUCUGUAGCGCGCUCCAGCAAGCUGCUAAACUGGUGUCAGAGGCAGACGGAUGGCUAUAGAGGGGUCAGUGUGUCUGAUCUCACCAUGUCAUGGAAGAGUGGCUUGGCUUUGUGUGCCCUUAUCUAUCGCUACAGGCCAGACCUCAUUGAUUUUGACUCGCUGGACGAGAAGGACGUGGAGAAGAAUAACCAGUUGGCUUUUGACAUUGCUGAGAAGGAGUUCGGGAUUUCGCCCAUUAUGACUGGGAAGGAGAUGUCUAUUGUAGUGGAGCCUGACAAGCUCUCCAUGGUCAUGUACCUCAGCCAGUUCUAUGAGAUGUUCAAGGACACAGUGCCCCCUGGUGAAAACCACAACCUGAGUCCAGAGGAAAAGGCUGCGCUGAUCGCCAGCACUAAGUCUCCCAUCUCCUUCCUCAGCAAACUUGGUCAAAGCAUCAACAUCUCGAGGAAACGCAACCCCAAGCAGGAUAAGAAGGAGAAGGAGCUUGACGGAUUGGGGAAGAGGAGAAAGACGAGUCAGACCGGCCAGUCUGAAGAUGAGGAGCCUCAGCGGCCAGUGCGUGAUGAGCGAACUUUUGUAGCCACGGCUCUAACGGAGCGUAGGGUCGACCCCACUGCAGCGGCUAACAACAACAAGGUGAAGUCCAUGGCCACUCAGCUGCUAGCCAAGUUUGAGGAGAAUGCACCGGUACAGUCUACUGGACUCAAAAGACAGAUUGACUCUAUGCCUGAUCUGGGGCUUGCGCUGUCUCCCUCCCUGCCAUCCACCUCUCUGAAAGAGCCAGUGCAGCUGGCACCACUUCCCGCAUGGAGAAAGGCUAGCAGAAGCAGCGAUGGCCUGCGGAGCUGCCCUAAGAAAACCAUUCUGCUCUAUCCUCCUCCUCCAUCAUCUUCCUCUCCAUCGCUCUCUUCACAUACACAGAAGAAUGUUCUCAAACUGGUGAUAGAUGAACAUGACAGUGAUGACGAUGACAACCAGGAUCAUCUGACAUUCUCUUACAGGGAAAGUGAGUUCAGAUCUGUGGAGCCCGUCCAUGUCGUUAACAUUCAGGAGAGAGCUGAAGCGCUAGCCGCUAAGUUUACAGGGCAGUCCAGCAAGCCUGAAAAACCCCAGCCGAUGAAAAAGCCAUCACGCUUCUUUCUUCAGCAGUGGCUUUUGAGCCAUGGGUUACACCCAGGACAGCCGUCCUGCUCCCCUGAUCCUCAGCAGGAGGAGACACAGAGUUUGCGAUUGCACUCUGAUGAUCAAGUGCCUAUACACAUCCCUAGCAUCCAGGAGCGAGCCGAGAGGUUAGCCUCUCUGUUCAAAGACAAGCCUGCUAGACCCAAGCCUAAGAAAAAGCCCUCGCGCUUUCUUAUCGAGCAGUGGCACAGAAAGCGGGAGAUGUCCACUGAUCCUCAGCUCACUUCACUCUCCUUGAACCGACAGCAUUAUGUAAAGAUGUAUACAGGUGGCGUGAGCUUGUUGGCUGAGCAAAUAGCCAAUCAGCUUCAGCCUCAGGAGGACUGCCGGAGCCGUCCCGAUAAGAGGGAAUUGGGUUCCUUGCGGAAGGAGUUUCCACAAAACAUUGGAGGCAGCGAUGUGUGUUUCUUCUGCCGGAAGCGUGUGUAUGUGAUGGAGCGACUGAGUGCGGAGGGCAAGUUCUUUCACCGCAGCUGCUUUAAGUGUGACUAUUGCGGCACCACGCUGAGACUGUCGUCCUACGCCUUUGACGUGGAGGAUGGGAAGUUUUACUGUAAGCCGCAUUACUGUUACCGGUUGUCUGGGCAGGCUCAGAGGAAAAGGCCUGCUCCUCCUGCUGCUCCUCUCCAGCCGAAGGAAUCCCAGGCACCAGUGAUACCUGCAGCCAGCUUGGAUGCCCCUGGGGCUCCAUGUCCGGUGGAGCGUGGGCCCUCAGCUCCCGAGGUGAAUGGUCUGGCUGAGCCCAGUGUGGCAAAACGUCUGAAAGGAACUCCUGAGCGCAUUGAGCUGGAGAACUACCGGCUGUCCAUGCAGAGAGAGGAGGAGCUAGAGGAGGUGCCAGAGGAGACGCUGGCCGAGCACAACCUCAGCAGCGUGCUGGAUAAAGGCACGGACGUGGACGAGGGCUCCAGUAGCUCGGAGUCUGACAUGGAGGAAGAGGGUGAGGAGCUGGAGCCACCAGCCAACUCUGACCUGGGUGGAGUGCCAUGGAAGGAGGCCGUGGAGCUCCACGCCAAACUGAAGGCUGGCAGCGAAGCUGGGGCAAGCAGGAAGGAGGGAGACUUGGAGGAAGAGGAGGAAGAAGAGGAGGGAGAUGAGGAAGAGGAUGAGGAGGAGGAGGAGGAUGAGGAAGAAGAAGAGGAGGAUGAAGAAGAAGAAGAAUCAAGUGAUGAGGGGGAGUAUUACCCUUGGGAAAGGGAGCUCCAGUCAGGUCUAUGGCUGGAGAACCUGAAAGAUGAAGAGGAUACAGGUACCUUUAAAGCCAGGAACCUGCGAAUUCAACAAACCUUGGAGCCAGUGGACCCUGUGCUCCCCCAGACGGAGGGGGAAAAGGAGGAGUGCUCAGAUUCGGGCUCUCUUCCUUCACUCCUCACGCAGAACACCCAGCCUGUCUCCUGCACAGUCCCCUCCCACAAAUCAUUGCGGCACGAGGCUGUCAGGGCCUGGCUGGACUCCAUGUCUGGAGAGCCCUGUGUAGAAGAUGAAGAAGAGCCUGAGGCUGAAGCAGGAAGCCCAGACAUUGAGCCUGGCACUGAGCUGGAUGAAGAGGACAUCCCUUCAGAUGCAGAAGCUGAAGCUCGCUCGCAGCUUGUUGAGGAUCCUGAGCCUCUUCCAGUAGACACUGGGAAGCCAGCGAGCCUAGAGCAAGUUUCCAGAAUUGAGCAUACAGAACGGGUGUCUGUUAGUCCAAAGGAAAUCAUUGUAGACGUUAUUCUCACUCCAAUCCCAAAGCCAAGUACACCUACAGAGGAGAUCAAAGAAAAGUUGACUCCAGUGCUGAUUAAAUCUCCAGGCACACGCUUUUUUCCUGAGCCCUUUUUGCCUGAUUAUACCAAAACAGAGGUCCCACCAUCACCUGAGGUUAAGACACCAAAUACUCCUGUCGCGGUGGCAUCUCCUAUCCGCUUCCAGCCAGCGCCCCUACCAGAUACGGUCACCCCCAAAUCUCCUGUCCAGGUUGAGUCUUGUGCCUGCUCACCUUCAGCCAACCCCUUAUCCCCAAUUUGUGCUCAGCCCCUACCAUGCCAGGAGCCCUCCUCACCCCUCUCUUCAGGCUCUCCUGUGAGGACUCAACCAGUUCCUGCUGUAACUUCCACUCCUCUGACAAAACCUGCCUCAGAGAGGACUACCACAGAAUCUCUGAAUGCAAAGGAUUCGACAGUGGAGACGCCAGUCAAGAAGACUGACAUCAUUGAAGAGUUCUGGCUGAAGAGUGCUGAGAUUAGGAGGAGCUUAGGGCUCAUCCCACUGGACAGGAGCAAAGCUGUAGAGAAGAGCAUUAUUAAAACCCCUACCGCAGAUCCUGUAUUGUCUAAACCCCCGAUCUCAGAGGACAUAUCGGAGAAGCCAGCAUUCACAGGCCGCACAGUCAUCCACAGACUCAAUAUUACUGUUGAGGGUCAGGUAAUCUCUCCUGUAGAACCCAAGAGUAGUAGCUCAGAGAGGAAGGAUCUGAGCAGUAGCUCUGGUCUGGGCUUGAACGAUAGCAACACAACUAGUCAGACGCCUACCUGUGAUAGCAUUAACAACUCUGACUCAACCAUGCUUACACCUCCUUCCAGUCCUCCACCACCUCCACCAAAUGAGGAGCCAGCAACUCUCACAAAGAAGAAGCCUCAAGUGUCUUGGGAGAAGCUAUCUACUCCCAGUAAGGAACCUGAAGUGGAGAAAGCACCCACUAAAGUGAAAACUCCUACCAGUCCAAAUCAGGACACAUUUGUGACUGUUCCAGUAGCUGCUCCCAGAACUAACCCCCCAGUGGUGAUGAGGAUAAAGGAGCCCAAUAAACCACGCCGAGAAGAAGUGAGGAAGUCCUUUGCAGAGUGCGUAGACGAGAUUCCAUUUGCUGAUGAUGUGGAGGACACGUAUGAUGAUCGUACCCCUGACACAAGCAUGCAGGAUAGGUUUUACACCCCACCCACCAGCAGAGUGAACAGGGACAAGCCUUCCCUCCACCUCGCUUUGGCUAUGGAGAAUGGAAAACCCAACAUCCAUGGAGGUCUCGUGUCCAGAUCAGUGAAGGGUCCCCAGCACUUUUCUCCUGAAGCCAAGGAGAUUGCUGAAGAGCGGAUGAGGGAGAGGGAGAAAUCUGUGAAAAGUCAAGCUCUUAAGGAUGCCAUGGCCAAGCAGAUUAAUAAAAUGAAAGAGGCUGAGUCAAAUAAGGGCGCUGUGGCCAAAGUGGCUUGGAACGUUUCGGACGUAGCUGUUAAACACAAGCAGCGCUCAAGUUCUCCAAAGUCUUCAGCUGUGAAAGCCUUGGAGAGCAAAAAACAAGCAGAGGGGCUUCCUGACCGUUUCUUUACCUCACCUUUAAAUAAGAGUGUGGACAGUUCUGUCACCUCAUCUGAGAGUUCCACAGGAGGCAAGAGUAAAAAACGUAGCUCCCUUUUCUCUCCGCGUAAGAACAAGAAAGAGAAGAAGGCAAAAAAUGAAAGCAGACACUCUGGUACAGAAGAGACCCCACCCAAACACAAGUCCUUGUGGAAAGCUGUAUUUUCCGGCUACAAGAAAGACAAGAAGAAGAAAGAUGACAAGUCUUCUCCGAGCACACCCUCUAGCUCCACAACAGUGGACUCAGGAAAGAAGAAAGGAUCGCCUGUGGCAAGGUCCUCAGAUUUGCAUUUGAGAAGAAACCUCAGCUUUUCCGAGGACUCAGAUCUGUCCUGUGAUGAUGUUCUGGAAAGAUCCUCUCAGAAGUCGAAGGCGGAUUCUGUUUAUGUUCCUCAUGCAUUGGCGUUCAAGAGAUCAUAUGCCACGAAGAAGACAUACACUGAGGAAGAGCUAAAUGCCAAGCUCACACGUAAGGUCCAGAAGGCAGCUCGGCGUCAGGCCAAGCAGGAGGAGCUGAAGAGGCUCCACAGGGCUCAGAUCAUUCAGAGACAGCUAGAGCAGGUGGAGGAGAAACAGAGGCAGCUGGAGGAGAGGGGUGUAGCAGUGGAGAAGGCUCUGCGAGGGGAAGCAGGGUUACAUAAAGGUUCUAGUGUUAGCCCUAAACAGCGCAAGAGGCGCUCAGACUAUUGGGGAGAGUCUAAUUACAGUGAGAUCCUGGACUUGCAUCUGGGCGGAAUGGGCAAAAAGGACGACCCGAAGCUGAUGCAGGAAUGGUUUAAACUGGUGCAGGAGAAGAAUGCCUUGGUGCGCUAUGAGUCGGAGCUGAUGAUAUUUGCUCGUGAGUUGGAGUUGGAGGACAGGCAGAGUCGACUGCAGCAGGAGCUCAGAGAGCGCAUGGCAAUCGAAGACCAUUUAAAGACUGAGGCAGAGCUGACAGAGGAGAAGCGGAUCCUGAACGAGAUGUUGGAGGUGGUGGAGCAGAGGGACUCUCUGGUGGCUCUCCUGGAGGAGCAGAGACUCAGGGAGAAGGAAGAAGACAAAGACCUGGAGGCUGUCAUGCUCUCCAAGGGCUUCAACCUCAACUGGGCUUAGUAGUAGCAGCAAAUCCACUCAACAUGAUCUUCACAACACCACCAUGAGGAAUGUAAGGACUCGGUUGAGUUUGCCUGCCUCUCUCGAUGACGUUUACACAUCUUUCUGAUGUUUGCGAGUCAUCCUGGCUCGGCUCAGGGUCGGUCUCUUCACCUGUCUCUCUUUAUGCUUCAGUGGAAAUCCAGUCGAGCCUUUGUGUCUGUACAAGACAUUUUUCCAGUUUUUUUUUUUUUUGGUCUCAGAAAGGGAAUAAACAGGGACGUCUAAAAGUCAUUUCGGAAGGAACACAGCUUUUGUCGAAUGUACUGUUCAUCAGCUGUUACAGAGGAGAGAGGUCCUUGGACUCUAUAUCCAUACUUUUUUAUUUUGACUACUGACUGAAAGUAGGAACACACUAAUAGUUGAGAUGCCUUUCCUACCCACAAUGCAAUGUGGAGACAUGAUCAAUGGCAAUUUUUUUUUUGCCACAGUCUGUAUCAAUCAAAUAAUCUGGCCAGAACUGUCUAGUAAAAUAUUUAUUCAUUUGUUUUUGUUUUACAGAAAAAGCAUGCAAUGAAUUUUCUUUGCAUACUAAAAAGAAUCUCCAUGUUCCUUGUAUUUUUCAUAAGUUAUGAUCAGGAAAUGUUUUAUUUCCCCCUUAGCCACCUCAUAUCAGGACUAAAGGAUAUCUAAGAACAAGCAUAUCCUGUAUUGUAUAUAGGACAUGGCCUUUAGCUCAUAUUAAGUGGUGAUGCACUCUUAGUGGAGCUUCUCAUCUGCAGUGUCUAGUGCUGUCUCCUUGCUCUUAAGUGAUCUUAAUAUUAUUCCUGUGUAAGUUUACAAUCAGCUCUCUGAAAUGAAUUUCCAACGGCCACACUACAGUUUACAGAAACAGAGGAAUAUUGUGCAGAUAUUUUCAAUAAUGGAAAUGUACAUGGGGAAUUGCAAUAUUAAUGUUUUAAAAGAUAUCUCAGUCUAGACAGUGAGAAAGAGAGUAAUUAUACAAUCAGAUCAUUGAUAUGUGGUGGAUCAUCUUUUUAUAUUUCUAGAAUCCCUGACCUUUAUUUGAUAUCAGAUAUCAGUAGUCCGCAACGUCUCUGUUACAUUAUUUGUCUCCUGGAUUGCUGAAACCGAGCAAAUCUGCUUCUUGUCUUCAUACUGGGAUCAAGAUGAGAAACUGCAUGCACUGGCUGUGUAGCAACAUGCCUUUAUCACAUAUUACAUGUCAUAUUCACAUCCACAAUGUUUACUCACGUUUACCAAGGGUUGAUUUUUUUUUUUAUGUAUUUGUUUUUAUAAAAAAAUACAUUUGUACUACAUGUGAGCAUUCACACAUCACUAACACACAAUAUUGAUCAACAGCAAGAAAUCAUCAUAUAUUUGGCCAAACCAUUUGUAAUGCCUUUGGCCAAGCUGUAUGUCUUUUGGUCACAUACUAUAUAGGUUGAUUGUACCUAUAUUUCAGCUUGGUCACCAUUACGCUGUAUAGAUGGACACAGACUUUUGUAUGUAUGUACAAGAUAACUGUGAGUAAAAAGUUACAUGAGUGCAAGGCCUAGUUAUUUAGACUGUGUAAAUUGUUUUACAGAAUUUAUUGGUAUUUAUUAACAUGUGUGAAAAUGUAUUAUAUGUAAAGAAAAUGGAACCUAAUUUUUAAAAUUGUAUGUUGUCAAUUCUUGACGUGUAAAUGCUUUCUGGUAGCUAAUCUGCAUAUAAGACGUUGGAUGUACGUUGGAAGGUAAUAAAAAAAAAAAAAGCUUUUGUUCCUCAG